UCUGCCUCGCUUAGAGCCGCGCGCCCGGCGGUUGGGGCGGCGGGUCUGGCGCGCGGGGUACGUGUCCCGCUGCAGCGGCUGGUGGGGGCUGCCCCCUCCCCGGCUCGGCGCUGUGAGUGGGCGGAAGAUGGCGCUGGGCGGAUGGAAAUCCUAAUGACGGUCUCCAAAAUCGCCUCUAUCUGUACCAUGGGCGCCAAUGCCUCAACUUUAGAGAAAGAGAUUGGUCCGGAACAGUUUCCAGUCAAUGAGCACUAUUUUGGUUUAGUUAACUUUGGGAACACCUGCUACUGCAAUUCAGUUCUUCAGGCACUUUAUUUUUGUCGACCAUUUCGAGAAAAAGUCCUAGCAUACAAGAGUCAACCGAGAAAAAAAGAGAACCUCCUUACAUGCUUAGCUGAUCUCUUCCACAGCAUAGCUACACAGAAGAAAAAAGUCGGAGUAAUACCUCCAAAGAAGUUUAUAACAAGAUUACGAAAAGAAAAUGAGCUCUUUGACAACUACAUGCAGCAGGAUGCGCAUGAGUUCUUAAACUAUCUUUUAAACACAAUUGCUGAUAUUUUACAAGAAGAGAGAAAGCAGGACAAACAAAAUGGCCGUCUACCUAAUGGCAGUAUCGACAAUGAAAACAAUAACAGCACACCAGACCCAACCUGGGUUCAUGAGAUCUUUCAGGGAACAUUAACUAAUGAAACCAGAUGUCUUACUUGUGAAACUAUAAGCAGCAAAGAUGAAGAUUUUUUAGAUCUUUCUGUUGAUGUAGAGCAGAAUACAUCAAUUACUCACUGCUUAAGGGGUUUCAGCAAUACAGAAACUUUAUGCAGUGAAUAUAAAUAUUACUGUGAAGAAUGUCGCAGUAAACAGGAAGCACAUAAAAGGACACUUGUAAUUUUAUGGAGAUUAGGAAAACAGAAGUAUGAUAGGAUGCUGAAUGGUUCUAAAUUUGAAGAAGACAAAGCUAACAAAGUUAAGACUGAAUUUUUAAUUUUAUUUCCUGAAUUUGAUAUGGACUUGGUAAAAGUGCUAAACAUCCACCCUGAUCCGUACUUCUAAAAACUUUUUGAGCCU